GGCACAGAGUGCAUCAUGCGGAAGAAAACCCCGCAACGAAAUGAAUUCCGACGAAAAAGGAGAAAAUUGCCGGUUAAGGCUAAGAGCGAAGCUUCUCCUCGUGCGCGAAGGUGAGAUACACACGCCGGCCGGCAGUAUAUAUGGAUAGAUCAGCCACAGAUUCGGACGCAGCACAGCUCACCGCAGCAGCGGCAGUUAUUGCUGACAUUAGUUGUGCAUGUGUGUGAUGGCUGCUGUACAGACGCCCUGGCCGGCUGACAGAGGCGGCGCAGUAGCACAAGACCGACCCGAAGGUGCGGUGCGCACCCAGACAGACAGACAGACAGACAGACAGACAGAUGGACGCACAAAGAUGCAAUCAAUGCUUCACACACAUGCACACGCCCUUCUCGCCGUGUUUGGCUCAGCGGAGUUGGGUCGUCAUUAUCCAUCUAGCGCGUCUGACAUGUGGUUGUUCGGCGGCGGUGCUUCCCAGCCGAGCGACCACCACGGCAGACGCAAGAAAUACUCGCUCGAAAACCUCAUGUAUGUGAGUGUGUCUGUGUCUUGGGUGGACGUUUGACACACACGCACACCGAUGAGUGUCUGUCUGUGUGUCUGUGUGUGUGUCUGCAGGUAUCUGUAUCAGCAGCUCAAUCGCUACAAGGACAAGUGAGGCAGCCACAUCUCACGCACACACACAACGCGCACGUGUGUGUGUGUGUGUGUGCUUCUGUCUGUCAGGGAUCUGUCGCACGACUCGUCGAGUCACUUGGCGCCGACGAUAGAGAUCAUCCGGUCCAUCGCCGAGCUCAUGAUAUGGGGCGACCAACACGAAGAGGAAUACUUCUUCGAGUCAGCAAACGAGCCAACAAGCCAAGCCACCGCCUUUGUUUGUGACGCCUCCCUCUGUGAGUGUGCGUGUGUGUGUGUGUAGUUUUUUCUGUGAGAAGAACAUUCUGUCCUACUUCAUCAAGAUCUUGAGCAUGAAGGUGGCCAAGCCGGUCAAGGUGCAGUUGCUGCAGACGCUGUCGAUCCUCGUGCAGAACAUCAACAGGGAAACCAGCAUCUGUAAAAACGGACACGCACACACACACACACACACACACACAGACGGCGUGUGUGGGAGAUACACCAGCAUAGCACACUUGUGUGUGUGUGUGUGUGUGUGUGUAGAUUAUCUGCUGUCCAACAACCACGUCAAUUCGCUCAUAUCGACGCCAUUCGAAUGGGAAGACGAAGAGAUCCUCGGUGGGUCGGCCAUUCAGCAAAAAAUGGACACCUGUGUGCGUCUGUAUAUGUGUGUGUGUCGGUGUGUGGGUGUCAUGCAGCCUACUACAUCACGUUCCUGAAGUCUCUGUCGCUCAAGCUCAACAAGGAGACAGUCAAGUUCUUCUACAACGAGGUCAGUCAGUGAGUCCGUUAAGACAUGACUCGACUCGCUGCAUCUAUCGGUGGUGGUGGUGGUGUGUCUUUGGUGGUUGGUGCGGUGCGUGCAGCGUGCGCAUCACUUCCCGCUGUACACGGAGGCCAUCAAGUUCUUCAACCACAAGGACAGGUGAGGUACACACACACCGCACUCAACUCAGCUCAACAGACACACGCAUUGGAUUGGAAAUGGCUGUUUUCGUUCCCACUGUGUGUGUGUGUGUGUGUGUGUGCGUGUGUGUGUGUGUGUGUGUCAGCAUGGUCCGGACGUCUGUGCGCACGCUCACACUCAACGUGUUCGGAGGUCAGAUGGAUAAAUGGAUGGAUGGAUGGAUGUGGGUGUGAUUGUGUCAAUUUGACUGACUGACUGAUGUGUUCAAAAUGAUUGUGUUGUGUUGGUGGUCAAUCACACAGUGUCCGACCCGUCGAUGCGCCACUUCAUCCUCUCCCAGGAGAGCAGGUUCUUCACUCACGUGGUAGGAAUAUCCGUGUGUUGUGUGCGGGCCCCCAUGACAUGAGUGUCUUGUCUGUGUGGUGUGGGUGGGGACUUUUUGUUCUAGGCGACGUAUUUGGUGGACAUGUGGCUGAAGAUGGAGCUCACCAUCAACACAAAGAGUGCGAUCGAGGGCCUCGGGUCGCUGCCAGAGCAAUUCGGUCAGGAAACCUACACACACACAACAGCACAGCAACAGACAACACAGCAGCGAACUGCAGAUGUGUGUGUGUGGGGGGGGGUAUGUUUCAAUGAAAUGCAGAGGAGCACGAGGAUCUGCUGCUGUACGUGUCGGACAUACUGAGCAUGCAGAUCGACGGCAUCAACAAGGUAUGCCUGCACAUCCUCACAACCACACCCACACAAUGUGAAAUACGGAUCGAUCUCGCUCCUUCAGCUGCUGACGAGCCGUCUCUUUCGGCACGCCCUCUACCCCGUCCUGAUACGCUCCAUACUCAGGGGCAAAGAGGUCAGAACAUCAUACAACAACAACAACAACAACACACAUUCACACACAAACACACAGACACACACACACACACACAGAGAGAGAGAGAGAGAGAAAUGGACAACUGCUCGUGUGCAAGUAUACCUGUGUAUGGUUUGGCAGCCCGUCGCGUCAUCCCACAAGGGCGGCGGGCCGUCGCCCACCCCUGCUGCAAUGGACGGCCCUGUCGACGACCGGGAAGAGGUGCAUCCCGCCUGAUACACGUCCCCACAUCCAUCCAUCCAUCCAUCAGUGUGUGUGUGUUUGACUUGACUGGGCUGACAGGCGAGUGCAGAUGACGGCAGGACGGACCACACAUCGGCCGACGAGGGAGAGGUACACAUGCUGGUUGGUGUGUGGGUGCUGUGCUGCAUCUGGGUGUGGACGUCUUUCUUUGUUCUUGUCGUUUUUUGUCUUGUCAGUCGAGCGCGUCACUGCUGUCGCCGACUCUGGCCAUCUACCUGGUCAACAGAAUACUCAUGGUACCAUGAGGGCCACAGCCACAUCCACACACCCACCUAGGAUAGGAUGAUACACUCUCGGCAUAUACGUGUGUGGUUUGUUUCUUUGCCGUGUGCAGGUGUUGUAUUCCCACCCCUGUAUAGCCAUCCCCCUCACAUCGGCCGUCAUGAACACCAAAAUGGGUACGUCUCGUCCCUACGCACAAUCUCAUCUCUCUGUCUGUCUGCCUACACGAAGUCGUCUUAAUUCGGGUGCGCCUGCCUGCUCAGGUCACCACACGUACGGCAAGAUAGCAGAGGCACCCACCAACAGCAGCAACACCAACAAGUGAGAGUCGGGCAACGACCGGCAUUGACACACUCACUCAACACACACAACACCCCUCCAUCGAUCGCAUCGAUCGGAUGGUUUCAGUGAGCACGACACAGACGAGAGCGACCAAGACUUAUUAGAGGAAGGUACGCUUCGCACACACACAUACAGACUCUCUCAUACCGACACCCAUACGCACACACACACUGAUAGAUGUGCCCAACGGCGGUCUGAGCAACCCCGUCCGCAGAAGACUUAUCGAAAUGCUCGGGGCAAGCCAAAUGCCCCCCCCCCCCACACAUGUGGGUGGGGUCUGAUUCCGUCGUUCGUUAUCUCUUUCAGAGUAGCCCGUCGAGCGACUCGUUUGUCUUUGUGUGCGUGGCCCUGCUGGACACCGCCAUGAAGCACACGAAAACAUUCACAAGGGUACGGUGCGGUGGGUCGGGGGCUGUUGGGUCAUGCAGCAAGCAAAUCGAUGACAACUUUGAGUGCAAUGUGACGUACGUGUGUGCAGCCGUUCCUUGAGUCAUGCAGAAUUCUCCCACCACGGUAGGUCGGAUGCACACCCUCACACACACACACACACGUGUGCUGUACUGUGUCUGCCCGUCAGGUUCGAUUCGCGCCAGCUGCUGCGCAACCUGGGCGUCUCCAAGACGCCCACACACGAGGACACGCAAGCCGCCCGGCAACCACAGCAACCACAGCAAGACAACCGUCAGCACCACCACAAUGAAACAGACAGCGCGUCCGACGCAGGUCGACCUGACGGUCUUCGUGACGGUGGUGGUGUGGGAUAUGGUGUGCGCUCAAAGUCGAUACCGGCCUUCGAAGCUGACGAGCGGAGGAAGAGGUAGGUGCCCACACGAAGUGUGUCGGUGGAUGGAUGGAUGUGUGUGUGUGUGUGUGUGCACAGGCCUGCUCUGCGGCUGCAUUCGCUCUUCCGACCAUCCCGAGGGUGCGUACGCACGUGUGUGUGUAGAUGGACACAACAAACACACGAAUGCAUUUGUGUGUGUUUAUGCCUCAGAGGCGCGGAACGGAGCUCUGACGAUCAUGUCUGCCGGUACGUGAGUGUGCAUUCAGAGGCUGUCUUGGCACAUGUGCAUGUGUGUGUGUGUGUGCAGGUCUGAGGGCUCUCCCCCCUCCUCAACACCCUCUGGCGACGGAUCCCCAAAGUGAGCACACACAUACACACAUACACACCGUGCACACCUCCCUCCCUCUCUCUCUGCUACGUCUAGGUCUGACCCUCCUUCGUCUCUCUCCUUCUCCCUGACUCAUCCACACCCACACCCCCGCACCAGCACCACCAACAAACAUCACCAUAGCAGCAGCAGCAACAGCAGAAGCAAGCGGGCGGCGAUAGAGCCACACACACAACAAGAACAGCACACAGGUACUGCGUCUCCUGCACACUGCACAAGAGCCGAGCCGCCCGCCCACACCCAACACCCACAUGUGUGUGUGUGUCUGUGUUUGUGUGUGCAGAUGGUGGUGUGUCGUCCAGCAGUCGGCCGGAAGAUCAGGAAGCCGACGAGUAGGCAGACCAUAGUAAUGCGGGCGUCGAUGUGCCUUUUGUUGAUGCUUGUUGUGUGGUGCGUGGCAUUGGUGUGUGUAAUGCUAAUGCAGUGGAUCCCUUGAGGUGUUUAGUUUGAUGUGUUGUCUGCUGGAGGGCAGCACACAGCACAUGAGGAUGCUCACUGUCAGAGUGGUAUCCGCACACACACACAACACACACACACACACCAUUGGAUAUAUGGGUGUGUGUCAGGUGCUCCGGCUGCUCUACAACAUGUACUUCGAGCACCAUGUAAGCACGCGGCCACACACACGUCUACUUCAUCUGUGUGUCCGUGAAGAUAUGGAAGCAUCCGAAAUGGGGCAAAGUCGCCAAAGAGAAGCUCAUGCACGUACCAAGCCCCCUCCCCCCAACACACACAUGCACACGUACACCCCCAUCGUGCACGUGUGUGUCUGUCUAUGUGCGCAAUCACAAACGUGUCAGCUGCUGUCGGCUCACGUGCCAAGUGCCCUCUCCCUGCUGACCAUGCCGAUGGGCGACCACGUCCUGGACAUCUUCGAGGUGCCACACACACAUCACACACACACAUAUCAACCAUCAUUUGUGUGUGUGUGUGUGUCCUUAGGAGGAGUGGCACAUCCAUCUGGCCCCUCCCAUCGACAUCGCAUCGGUCGGCGCCGACCCACACGUGCUCCUCCCUCUCGCCACGUGUAGGCACCUGCCUGCACACACAUGGCCCUAUCCACACACACAGACACAGAUGGAUGGAUGGAUGGCUGUACAAAUGUGUGUGGAUGCAUCCACAUGGAUGUCAGCGUACUACCCCCCGUCGAUUCCGCACGUGUGGCGCUUCCCGAUCAAAGAUGAAGACCACAUGCGCAAGGCCAUGCAGGUGUGUCUGUGUACGUGUGCGCAUGGAUGGAUGGAUGGAUGUGUGUGUGUGUGUGUGUGUAUGCAGACGUACCUGCUGCUGCGCAAGCUGAAGGGCGACCUGACGAGCAAACACAGGAACGACCGGAUCAUCGGUGCGGGAGGGCGUCCCACAGCACGCGCACAUACAGCCACACAAAUGAGUGCGUGUGUGUGUGGGUUGACGUGCAGAUGUGCCCGGCCACCAUCCGCCCCCAGUCGCCAAUGGUACCCACCGACACACACAAACACACAAGAACCAACGCAGAAACAACACGUUUGUGCACGUGUGUGUGUGUGUGUGUGUAGGUGUGCCGAUCACGGUGCCGUUGCCGACGAAUGAGAGGGAGCGGAAAGCCAUCGACGACCCCACACAGAGAUGGUGCGGGACCUUUCCCACACACACACACGCACAAGCAUCCUUCUUGUUGUCAUGGCGAUCAGGAAGCUGCCAUGCCCGUCACCCUUCCCUCUGUACGACACGCAGCAGGAGAGGGAAAUGGCCCACACACGAGAAGGCACCAACUACGACCUCAACGAACGUGUGUGGGCGUGCACUCAUUUGCAAAAUCGCCUCCGUCUAUUUGUGCGUGUGUGAUGCUGUCUGUCAGGUGACCGGAUCAAGUGCACCAUCAUCAGCCCGCAGGAGGCCAACGGCCCCCAGGCCAUCACGCGCUACAUCGUGCAGCACUCGUACCUCCUCCUGCUGUGCCGGCCACACCCAACCACACCAGGCCUCUCAAUCGUCACGUAUGGACAUUCCCAACACACACACACACUCGCCCAUCCAUCCAUAUCUGUCUGUCUCUCUGUGUUGUCUGUCAGGACUUGUGCGCCUGUGCGUUCUGUCGAGUGCAUGGUUGACCGUAGCGAGCCGCGACACCUCAGGUAGACGAACAGACAGACUCGUUGAUCCUGAUGUGUGCAGGCUUCUGUGUGUGUGUGGUCAGGUUGUUCAUUCGAUCGACCAGCCAACCGGGCGACGCUAUGCGGUGCAGCAACAGGCAAUACGACGCCACGUGAGCAGUGCAGCCGCCAAGCCACCCAUCCAUCCAUAUGAAAUGUGUGUGUAUGACACCGAGUGCAGGUCGUUGGAUGUGUCGGCGGUGUCGGCCAGCUCUGCGUACGACUGGCGGGCGAAAAUACCUUCGGUCAGCCAGUCCGCCCUCCCUCACACACGCAUACACAAGCAGGCGUCGAUAUACGUACACAUGGUGUGUGUGUGUGUGUGUGUGUGUGCGUGUGCGCACAGGUGUGGGAGAUGCUGUUGACCUUCGAGGACGCCAAGCGAUGUCUCACUGCACGGGUGAGUGAGAGCACACAUGUUAGAUUUUUCGAGAAGCGCGUAUACAUUUGUCUUGUGUCCUCUGUGUGUGUGUGUGUGGCUCUGCAGCGUUGGCUUGACGGCGGUCGGCAGCAGGUCCGGAAGAAGCUGAUGGAGCACCUGCACAGAUACAUCACCGAAACGUGACGGCGCACCCACAGGCAGACAGACAGACAGACAGAC